CGGUGGUGGAGGAGGAGGAUGUUCGGGGUAGCUGGGCGACACGCGAGGCGUCGCACCAGCUCGGCGUCGUUGUUGUCUUCGUCGUCGUCGCUGCUCCCCGCCUCUCGCUCCCCCUCCCGCCUGGCCUCCCCAGCCGCAAGGAGGAACACCAGCGGCUCCCUUACCUCCCUCUGCCGGUCCCCAGCUCCCAUUGGGACCACGCCGUCCCCCGCACGCUCCCCGGGGCCCUCAGUAUCAGGGACCUCCCCAGGACGUACCCCGGGUAGGUCCCCCUCACGCUCUCCUGGCAGGUCGUCCGUCGGGUCCAUAGAAGGCUCGAGCAGUCUACUGGCCAGGAGGCACUCCUCCCUCACCUCUGACGGUCAUGGGGUGCUCAUGGAGGAGGAGGAGGAGGAGGAUGACGAGGAUGGAGAAAGGGAGAAAAAGACUAAACCUCACAAGACGAUUAUUGACGAUGACGAGGACGGUGAAAGGGACAAAUCUGAUCGAGAGGUUGAUGAUAAUAUGGAGGAGGAGGAGGACGAGGAAGAAGAGGAAGAAGAAGACGACGAUGAGGACGGGAGUAACAGAAGUACCGGUGGUGGAGGAGGAGGAGGCGACGACGACGGGGUACGAAUACUAUCCGCCCGUAGUGGAAGUAACCGCUCCGUGACGAAUGGAUUAUCCGCCGGUGGAGAAACAUCGGCAGAGGUGGGCGGGGGCGUGGGCGUGGGCAUGGGCGUGGGCGUGGGCGGGGGCAGAAGUACGAACGUCGGGGUUAUGAAGAAGCACGUCCGCCUCAGCCUGCCCAACGGUCCCUACGUCUCCCGUUACCCGAACCUGAACUCUCCCUCCCCCCUCACUGGCGCUGGCUACUUCAGGAGGCGCACCGCCGUCACCCUCAGCGACCACAAGAGCUGCGCCCUCGUCCAGUCCAACAUGAAGAUGGGACUCGGUGAUCUAAUGUUGGCAGCGGCGGCGGAGGCGCGCGCGUCGGCAGGGGUCUCGGGUGAGGGUCUAGGGCGGCUAGGGCGGCCGCCCACCUACGGCGCCAUGGGCGGCAAGAAGGGGCCGCCCCCCCAGCCGGGGGUUAAGGGGCCCACCUCACUCUUCAUCCUCUCCGAAGACAACUUCCUCAGGAAGUACACCAGGUUCAUCAUAGAGUGGCCUCCGUUCGAGUACGCGGUGCUGUUGACGAUCAUCGCCAACUGCAUCGUGCUGGCCCUGGAGGAGCAUCUCCCGGAGGGCGACAAGACGCUUCUGGCGCAGAACUUGCUGGAGAAGACAGAACCUUACUUCCUCUUCAUCUUCUGCGUCGAGGCGUCUCUUAAGAUCCUCGCUCUCGGAUUCGUUCUUCACCCAAGGUCCUACUUGAGGAACAUAUGGAACAUCAUGGAUUUCGUGGUUGUGGUCACAGGCGGUAUGACAAUAAUAGCAGCGGACAGUUUUGGCCAAACUGUGGAUCUGAGGAUGCUUCGCUCGUUCCGCGUCCUCAGGCCCCUGAAGUUGGUCUCACGGCUGCCAAGCCUGCAGGUUGUGCUGAAGUCCAUCAUCAAGGCUAUGGCACCGCUGCUACAGAUCGGUUUGCUCGUCCUCUUCGCCAUUGUUAUAUUCGCCAUCAUAGGCCUUGAAUUCUACUCUGGUAUUCUUCAUAAAACAUGCUACAGUUUAGAAGACAUAGAUAAAGUAGUGACAGAAGGAGAGAUGGAGACGCCGUGUCACACAGACAUUAAAGAAUUAACGCCUCCGGGUGCUUUUUGCUGUGAUGCCACGACCUCUGUCUGUUUGGAGCUGUGGGUGGGGCCCAACAAUGGUAUCACCUCCUUCGAUAACAUUGGUUUUGCCAUGUUGACGGUGUUUCAGUGCAUUACACAGGAGGGCUGGACCGCCAUACUCUACUGGACAAAUGAUGCACUUGGUAGCAGUUUCAACUUUCUCUACUUCGUGUCCCUCAUAGUGUUGGGGUCUUUUUUCAUGCUCAACCUAGUUCUUGGUGUGCUCUCUGGUGAAUUUGCUAAGGAGAGAGAAAGAGUAGAAAAUAGACAAGAAUUUUUAAAACUUAGACGACAGCAACAAUUAGAAAGAGAAUUAAAUGGAUAUGUGGAGUGGAUAUGUAAAGCAGAGGAAGUUAUACUCGCGGAGGAGAGAACCACAGAUGAGGAAAAGGCUCACAUAAUGGAGGCGAGAAGAAGGGCAGCAGCAAAGAGGAAAAAGCUCAAACACUUAGGGAAGAGUAAAAGCACAGACACGGAGGACGAGGAGAACGAGGCCGAAGAUGAGGACGCCCCCCUUUCUCUCGCAGUUCCCGCCAAAAAGAAAGGUUUAUCAAGAGCUUCCUACUUGAAAAACAAAGUUAAGAAACAAGGUGCCUGUCAGAAUUUUUGGAAAGCAGAAAAGACAUUAAGGUUUGGUAUCCGGCGGACGGUGAAGCAGCAGUGGUUCUACUGGUUCGUUAUUGUGUUGGUGUUCCUCAACACUGCAUGUGUUGCUGCUGAACACUACGACCAACCCCCGUGGCUCACAGAAUUUUUGUACUUUGCAGAAUUUAUAUUUUUAGGUCUAUUCAUAUCUGAGAUGCUUAUAAAGAUGUACGCCCUGGGCCCAAGAAUAUACUUUGAAUCAUCAUUCAAUCGAUUUGACUGUGUCGUCAUCAGCGGCUCCAUAUUUGAAGUCGUCUGGUCAGCCUUCAAGUCCGGGUCGUUUGGUCUGUCAGUGUUACGAGCCUUGCGUUUACUGAGGAUAUUUAAAGUUACAAAGUACUGGGCGUCACUCCGGAACUUGGUAAUAUCUCUCCUGAGUUCAAUGCGUUCCAUCAUCUCACUCUUGUUCCUGCUCUUCCUGUUCAUCCUCAUCUUUGCACUCCUUGGAAUGCAGCUUUUUGGUGGGUCAUUUAACUUCAAGGACAACACACCUUUGGCCAACUUCAACACUUUCUCCAUAGCCCUGCUGACUGUAUUUCAGAUUCUAACUGGUGAGGACUGGAAUGAAGUGAUGUACCAUGGUAUUGCCUCCCAGGGUGGUACACAGUCUGGUAUGAUCUACAGUCUGUACUUCAUCAUCCUGGUGAUCUUUGGUAACUACACUCUCCUGAAUGUCUUCUUGGCUAUCGCUGUUGAUAACUUGGCCAAUGCACAAGAGCUCACGGCUGCUGAAGAGGAACAAGAGGAAGAGGAUAAGGAGUCUCAACAUCUCCCAGAUCCUGAAAAUCUCGUUCCCCUACAGAAGCAGCAAGCUGUACUUGAAAAAGAAAGGGAAGCAAUGCAAAACAAUGCAGAUGGACCUCCUAAGGUUGAAAUAUGUCCCCCCUCACCUGGUGGAGACAUCAAAAUGAAUGACAAGAAGGCUGCAGAUGCAGAAAAGGACGCUAAAAAGGACGAAAAGAAGGCUGAGGCAAAGGAAGAGAAUAAGGAGAAAAGAGAUGAGACAAAAGAGGAGGACAGUAAACGAGAUGGGGACAAAGACAACAAACAGGCCGAGAAUCAAGAAGAAGACAUGGGGGGACCUAAGCCCAUGUUACCAUAUUCAUCUAUGUUCAUCCUUUCACCCACAAACCCAAUUCGGAGAGCGGCGCAUUGGGUAGUAAACUUGCGCUACUUCGAUUUCUUCAUCAUGAUUGUCAUCAUCUUGUCUAGUUUUGCCUUGGCCUCUGAAGACCCUGUCAGAGAGGACUCAGAAUGGAAUGAGUUUCUCAAUUACUUUGAUUAUGCCUUCACGGGAGUUUUUGCCAUAGAGAUGAUUCUGAAAGUCAUAGACUUAGGGGUGAUAUUCCACCCUGGAUCGUACCUCAGGGAUUUUUGGAACAUUAUGGACUCCGUGGUUGUCAUAUGUGCCGCCGUUUCGUUUUGUUUUGAUAUGAUACCCUCCCUGCAACUGAAGGGCAGCACUACUGGUCAAAACCUCAGCACCAUCAAGUCACUUCGAGUACUCCGCGUUCUCCGCCCGCUGAAAACCAUCAAGCGAAUACCCAAGCUGAAAUCCGUGUUUGACUGUGUUGUCAACUCCCUCAAGAAUGUGUUCAAUAUUCUCAUAGUGUACAUACUGUUUCAAUUCAUCUUCGCUGUUAUCGCUGUACAACUGUUUAAUGGAAAGUUUUUCUACUGCUCUGAUGAGAGUGUACAUACAAGGGAUGAAUGUCAGGGAGAGUUUUUUGUCUUCGAGGGUUAUGAACGACCACCGGAGGUGAGAGCAAGACAAUGGAGACAGCAGAGCUUUCAUUAUGACAAUGUGAUGGCUGCCAUGUUAACGCUCUUCGCCGUCCAGACAGGCGAGGGAUGGCCACAAGUGCUACAAAAUUCUAUGGCGGCAACGACGGAAGAUCAUGGGCCCCAGCCACAGGUCGCCAUUGAAAUGUCCAUCUUCUACAUUGUUUACUUCAUUGUAUUUCCUUUCUUCUUCGUCAACAUCUUCGUCGCUUUGAUCAUCAUCACGUUCCAGGAGCAAGGAGAGGCGGAACUCCAGGACGGAGAGUUAGAUAAGAACCAGAAAUCCUGUAUAGACUUUGCUAUUCAGGCUAAACCCCUGGAGCGGUAUAUGCCUAAAGACCGCGUUAGCUUUAAGUACAAGAUCUGGCGAAUUGUCGUAUCUACACCCUUUGAAUAUUUCAUCAUGUUACUCAUUGUGCUCAAUACACUUCUCCUUAUGAUGAAGUUUCAUAAUCAGUCCAAGUUGUACAAAGAUACUCUGCACUACAUGAACACAAUCUUCACUUCGUUCUUUACCAUUGAAUGUUUACUGAAGAUCACGGCAUUCGGAGUCAGGAAUUUUUUCAAGGAUCCCUGGAAUAUUUUCGACUUCAUCACAGUGAUUGGUUCCAUCAUCGACGCCUUGGUGGUGGAGUUUGGGCGAAUGUAUGGAGAAGGGACAGAGAACUUCAUCAACGUCGGGUUCUUGCGUCUAUUCCGAGCAGCCCGACUUAUAAAACUACUUCGCCAAGGUUACACAAUUCGUAUAUUAUUAUGGACGUUUGUGCAGUCUUUCAAGGCGCUGCCAUAUGUUUGUCUUCUUAUAGCCAUGUUGUUCUUCAUCUAUGCUAUUAUUGGGAUGCAGGUCUUUGGUAAUAUAGAUUUGGAUCCUACCACGUCUAUAACACGCCACAACAACUUUAGAAAUUUUGCAACGGGCAUAAUGCUCUUAUUCAGAUGUGCUACUGGAGAAGCCUGGCAGAGCAUCAUGUUAUCGUGCAUAAAGGGAAGACCUUGUGAUGACGAUGCACUCAAGAAUGAGCCAAACAAGACUUGUGGCUCUAACGUAGCCUAUGUCUACUUUGUGUCUUUCAUUUUCCUCUGUUCAUUCUUGAUGUUGAACCUUUUUGUUGCUGUCAUCAUGGACAAUUUUGACUACUUGACUAGAGACUCAUCCAUCCUUGGUGCCCAUCAUCUUGAUGAAUUCAUCAGAAUAUGGGCUGAAUAUGACCCCAAUGCCACAGGGAAAAUCCACUACACUGAGAUGUACGAAAUGUUAAGAGACAUGGAUCCACCUCUAGGGUUUGGCAACAAGUGUCCCUCCCGGUUAGCGUACAAGAAACUUAUACGAAUGAACAUGCCAUUAGACACUGACGGGAAGGUUCAAUUCACAACAACGUUAUUUGCAUUAAUACGGGAAAACCUAUGUAUCAAGAUGAGGCCGGCUGAAGAGAUGGAUCAAGCAGAUUUGGAACUUCGAGCCACUAUAAAGAAACUGUGGCCCAUCCAAGCUAAAAAGAAUAUAGACUUCAUAGUGCCUCCUGAUGAUGAGUUAAAAUAUGAAAAGCUGACAGUGGGCAAAAUUUAUGGUGGUCUUCUAAUUGUUGAAAACUGGAGAACUACUCGCUUUGGCCAGAUCCAGCCAGCGGGAGGACUGGAUGAGAUUGAGGAUGAAUAUGAACAAAUAGAGAAUGAGGAGGAGGAUGAGGAGGAGGAGGAAAAGUAUGAGUCUACGGAGGACAUUUUGUGCGGGGAGGGAACACAACUCCUCAGCGAUGUGGAAAAAUUUGAGAACAAAAUCAUCGAUAAUGAGGAUACUGAGGAAAUUGAGGAAACUGAGGAAGUUGAGGAUACUGAGGAAGUAGAGGAUACUGAGCAAACUGAGGAGCAGGAGUCAGAAUCAAAGCCCAGUUUGUUUGCGCGACUGAUGGGCAUAGCAGCACCCGCCGCACCGACCAAGAGCACCCACGCCUCAAGGACCAGCCUCCCCCGUUCCAUCGAUGAGCAGCAGGACUCCCAGGGACACCAGAGCCGUCAGGGCAGCCUCUCCCAGUCCAACGUAAGCAUAGACAAUGUACUUGGUAGUGACAAAGGGUCGAAAAAGUCCCUGACGUUGUUGGGUGGAGGUGGUGCCUCCAAGCGUGGCUCAGACCACGACGGGUCGAGUGUGGCCAGCUGGCAGGUGGGGAUUGAGCUGGCAGAGGUGGUGCAGCAGGCAUCGAGAAGAGGGUCCUUAGCUUCUGAUGAUGGCGGCCGUCACCUGCGACCAGACGAAUACCCAGCUAAUAAUAGGUACAGAUCUCGGUCACCCUCACCAUCCAGGGGCUUCCAGUCACCAACACCUCCACACAGGAGGAGUCCCUCACCACGAAGACCCAGCCAGCAGCCACAUGAUAUUGGCUUCAGCGACGCCGUCAGUGAUGUAGUGGACCUCGUCAAAUACGACAACAUCCACAAGAGAGGUAGGCUACGAGGUAAACUACAUGGUGAUGACUAUGGCAUGAUUUCUCCAUUACGUGGCCGCAGUCCUAGCCGGCGCCGCGAGCCCUUCCCUCCACGACCGUGGGACAUGCGGGACAUUCGUUCUGCCUCCAACAGCCCAGACCGUCACUACAUGACUACGCGGCUCGAUGCUCGCUCUCGCAGCCCCUCACCACAUACAGGACUGGCAGGGACGGCAGGACGCCGUGGCCGCACCUUAGAAUAUUAUGGCACAGCUUCCUUAGACCGACGGUCACGCAGUCCUUCCCCACACCGGCGCGCAGGCUCUAGCUAUCCUACGAUACCACAGAGGCGAGGUGGUGGCCGACGAUUACCCCCCACACCAAACAAACCUUCAACACUUCACCUAGGCCCUCAGCCAACCCAACCUCUGCCAGGUCAUCAAGGUGCUGGCCAUCACACCCUUCCUGGGGGCAAGUCACCCACUAGAUCACAACCCAUCAACUUUCCCAAGCUGAAUGCCUCGCCCACACAUGUGCCCAAGUUAGAAAUGCCACCAGUGUUCCGAGAGAGAAGGACUCCACCUGUUACGGAAGGGAGCGCUCGACCCCGUGUGCCCCCACCUGGGAAAAUUUUACCCCCAGGUGCACUUCGCCGCCCACCAAUGGCACCAAUCAGAGACCAAUACCCAUAUGAGCGGCGGCCAGAGGAACCACUUAGUUUUGAACAGGCAGUAGCCAUUGGGCGGGGCACUCGUCAGUUGCCCUCACCAGCAGUGCCUAACGGGUACAAACCAGGGCGGGACCGUGCAGUGCCACGGCUACCUGGCCCAGUAGGUGCAGCAGGUGCCGGAGCACCUAGAAGGGCGGCCCCGGGGGUGCGCCAUAGUGACAGUGAUGAGGAUGAUUGGUGCUAGUGGAUCCCACAGGGCGAUGUGGGCCCCCAUCCCCCCAAGGCGGUGAUGGGGGCGGCACCGCCCUGACUAGCAGUGCCUGGGAAUAGAGUAGAGCACUGGACCUAGGCAGGGGAGUCAAGCAUGGCCACGAGUGUAUUUGUGGCUUUUCUUCAUGUUUGUUUUGUACCAUAUCCCCUACAAGUGCUUUAUUUAAAACAUACAACAAAUGUUCUAUCAAAUCUGUGAUAUUUUAAUGUCACCACUAUUGUAGCUCUCCUGUAUGAGAGUUGUAUGAAUAUCAAAAAGGAGCAGAAUGAGAUAUGUCAUUCCCAUUUAUCUGUCAGUUUAGGCCUGUAUUCAGGAAAUGCACUUAAAUCAGUCAAUACUCUCAUGAUGUUAUACUACCAACCAACGCAUUUCACAUCAUUUUAUUGUUUCCACAUCAUCAUUAAACUCAUAUUUAAUUAAUACAUGUAGUUACAAUUAGAAAAAAGGUUUCCACAUAUUAAAUGGGAGUGUGAACAUAGCAACACUAGAUCAUAUUCCAAGUGCAGCAGUUGUUAGCAUUCCAUUGUUACUAUAUUAGCUAGCUUGAGUGUGUCUCCUGAAUGCAGUCCUUAAUCAUUGUUUGUUAGAUGUAGUCUGAGUACGACUUUGUUACCUUUUCUUCUGGUUUUUGACGACUAGUCUGUAGUAUUUACAGUUCGCUAUGGAGACUGAGGAUCUUUGGGUCUUUUCUCAUGCGAUAAGUAAAACAAUUUGCCUGCCAAAGUUGGAGAUUUUUGUGCUGGUGAGCAGCUUUAUGCAUGGGAGGAUGGACUAUGCCUAUGUUGGCAUCUCUUGCUGCUGUCCUUUUAUAUUCCUAGCCGUGCAGGUUUAUGGCCAUACUCUGAAAGUGAACUUGAAUCAGUCAAUACAUGUAGUGUGCAUUUAUAAUUACUGACAUUUACUCAUACUAUAAUUCACACUGUCUUCUAGCGUGAUUGUGAGAAUAUUGUAAGAUUUGAGUCCAUCAUUGGUAGUAAGUGCAGAGUUAGUCUGUUGAUUGUUUCAAGCAUGUUUCUGUAGUAUGGGUAUUAGUUAUACUCAUUAGUUUUAAACUUCAGUGGACAGCAUCACCUUUUGUAUCUUAAGUCCACAACGAAGGCGUGUCCAACAGUGUGGAGGGGGGGUAGCAUGGCUGAGGUGACCCCCUCUCCCAGCUCUCCUGCCCCAUCUUACACCAAAUCAUCAACAAUACAUCCAAAUAAUUUUGUCUUAUUCUGUAAAUUUAAUUGGACACGACUCCCAUUGAAAUAAUAGGUUAAAUUGGGGAAAUAAAUUGGCACUUUUACCUGAUUGACUGAACAGGAAAAAAAAAUUGGCUGUACAAAGUUUCAAGAAGGCAGCAGACCUUGUCCCAAGUCCCAACACCGUACUAAAAGAUAACUUUUGUAAGGAAUUGUGCAAAUUCUUUUUUUUCGUUAUGGGAUACCUGUUGCCCAUAUAUGCCUUCCUUUCUUUUGGAAAAUGCUGAUGGUCUAAGGUGAAUUACUAGCAUGCAUUGCAGGACAUUUAUGUUUAUAAUGGAGUGAUGAGCUUGGUUAGGAGGUUGUUAUCAGUUAGCAUAGAUCCUUAUGAUCUUACCAUUUUGACCUUUUGUAUGAAAAGUCCUGCCUUAUGUGAAUUGGCCCUCAGUGCGGGAGAGGGCCAAGUAUAGCACCCUAGGAACAGUAUUGAGAUAUCUUGGGCACCCAUGGAGGUUCAUAACCUUGAAGGGAAAUGUUAGGGGCUGCUAUGUAAUCAUGAGGUUGCUAUGUAACCUUGAGAUUACAGAGACUUUGGGGUAUUUUGAACUUACUGGUGUAUGACCAGUCAAUUUCUUCAUUCAUCUACAACUUAGCCUUCAAAAUUGUAUGUAAAAUUUACUAUAACCUUGUCAAUUUGGUUUAGCAGCAACAAGUACUACCAGUAGUAACUUAGAUGAGAAAAUAUUGGUUAAGUUGAAGUAAAUUAAACUCGAGAGACGGAAAAUAUAUUUAAACAGUUUCUACGGAAGACACAAAAACGGGAGCCAGAGAAGUAAUCAUUAAGAAGUGGAAGAUGCCCUUGUUGGUCCCAAUUAUCCUUAUACUGUAAAUCCAUAAGUGCUUUUUUGUAUAAUAUAUAGUGUUCCAUCCUGCUACCAAGACCCAAGAGUUAAAAUGUUUGCUAAUGAAAAUAUUGCCAGUGUUUAUAUAACAAGUCACUCACAAUUUGUUUAAAAAAAAAAUGAGGUCCAACACGUUAACUUGUGGCACGUGCCCGUCAAAUUUUACUUUUUUCCUAGUGCGUGCCAUCACCCAGUCGUUUGGUUGACAUCCUCAAUGUAUUUUAUUCUUUCUUUCCUACCUUUUUUUUCUUAACAAUCUUGAUCCCAUUGUUUAUGAUAUUGAUUAUGCAGCCAAAUGUCACAUAAGGUAGAAUACCCAGUCUUUCAGUAGUCGCUAAUUUGUGUAUGGAAUCAAGGGCAACAAAAUAUACUGUACUGUGUAUGACUGAGGGUUUCAAGACUAUAGAGGCUAGUGACAUAGUCCAAGCAAUUAAAGUUCAGGACAGUGGUUCUUAACAUUAGCAUACAUGAAUUCUUCAUAAAAAAUUAAAAAAUUAAAAUAAAAGAAAAACUUAUUCCAAAAUGCACUGGAUUAUUCUAUUGUGAAUUCAUGCCAGAGACUCUGAUAUUCUACCAGAUGUGUAAAGUAUUAUUUGUCCUUGUGACUUAAACAAACCGAUUCUCACACUCAUUUGGCUGUCCCUUACGGACUAUUUAAUGUCGAGAAGUUUUCGCCUUCACCUCAUCUCAUCAUUGAGUCUGAUAUUGCCCAAAAUGCCAAUGUAAAGUGUUCCAUAUUGUAUAUUCUUCAGCUGAAAUGCACAGAGAACUACCGUAUAUACUCCCCCUAAAACUCUACCACUUUCAUAAAUGCUUAAUGUUUCAUUAUCUACUUAUUGUAUAGAAACUUCACAUAAGAGUCUGUUAAAAGAAAACUCAGUUACAAUAUAUAUAUAUAUAUAUAUAUAUAUAUAUAUAUAUAUAUAUAUAUAUAUAUAUAUAUAUAUAUAUAUAUAUAUAUAUAUAUAUAUAUAUAUAUAUAUAUAUAUAUAUAUAUAUAUAUAUGAACUAUAAUAACCUAUGAUUGAUCUGAACUUUAAAUAUUUAUGAAAUCUGAUGUACUACUGUACUGCCAUCAAAUAAUUGAUGGCAUUCUUUUAAAGUUUAUUGUUUUAGGGUGUGUUUAGAAAACUUAGUUUGAUUAAAUGGAAAGUAGAAUUGAUCACAGGAUUAUAACUGACUGUGAUUCUGUGAUUUUUAGUGAACUCUCCAUUUCAUCAGGAACUCUCUUUCUGAACUUGCCCUCAGUAGACAUGUAACAUGCGGGUAAUGGCCUAUCAAUACCGUAACCGCAGAACCACCACUACAUCCUCACCGCAGUACCCAUGCGGUCCAAACACUGUCCAGCCCGCAGCCGCAUGUUGUUGGCCUGCAGCCCAAUACCAUUUUCCAGUUGAUGAAAAUGAUGUACUGUACAUGUGAAUAGUAUCUUGAGAGGGAAUUCUUGGAUACUCCUUAAAUAAUAGUAGUAGUGAGUUCAUCAGUCAGACUUUUCACCUCACAACUUUUACAUCAACCAAAGUGAACUAAAAGUGUUUUAUAACCAUAAGGGGUCAUCAAGAAUUCUCAUUUGAGAGGAAAUUUAUAGCCACUUAACUCUAGUGCAUGAUCAGUUUCAAAUGACUUUGAUACCAUUUAAUCAGUUUAUCAGUUUAAUCCCCAUAGUUAUUGGUAUUAAAAAUAUCCUGAAUAGUGGUGGGUGAGAUUUAAUGGGGUUUUACUCAUAAUUUGUCUCAUUUAGUCUGAGACAGGUUGAAUCGCCCCCACACUUAAAAUAUUCCCUAAUUAAAUCCCUUAAAACCAGAGCCCCCCCCCCCCCCCAAGUGCAGGCCUUGUCUCUAGAAGAAUACAAAGAGCUGUUGUGUGUUCUUUGUAUCAUCGUGUGUGCCUUCAUUCUCUUCAGUUUUUUUCUCUUUGCCUGUCAUUGAAAUAUGACGAGAUUUGGGAUUUUGAGCUUAUUGUGAUAAUGCCACAAGGUUCAUUUUUUACCUCUCACCCCUUUUUAAGUAGGAAAAUUGAGCCAUCUGGGAUCACUGAUUGAAGCUCAAUUUUCAUCAUCCCGUCAGAAUUGUGGCAUAGGUCAUGAAAGACAUACCAUGGAUCUAUGACUAGUUCUCUGAAGCCUUGUUCACAUAAUGCACUUUAGCAUUACAGCCUGUUGCCAAGAGAAUUUUGGAUCAUUCUUAUUAGUGACUUCUCAAUCAGUUAAUCCAAAUGAUGUAAUGUGUCUCAGGCAGCAUAAUGUAGCAUGAGAUUGCAUUUUGGAAACAAGACAAUGUAGCUACAGCACAGCCAUUCUGCUGUGUUUGGGCUGACAGUUGUACACUGAAACUGCCGUGUGGGGUGUCAAUGUUUUAUUCAGAUACAAAACAAUUAAUGGCAUGAAUGACUUGUCUGUCAGUAUACUGUAUAAAGUUGCAGAAUGUAACCUAACCUAAUGCCAAAUUGAGACUUUUUGAUGUUUCUGGCUAUUACCUCUUGUAAGUACCAUUCAACCAUUCCUAAAUUAUGAUGAGAUAUUUCCAGUAAGCUGUUCACUUGUUGUUGACUGUAGGUGAUAAUAUAAAAGUGGAAGGUUUUUAAACAAAAAUUACUCAUGAUUUGUUAGGGGCAUGCACAUCAGUUCUUAUCAGGUAAGAGAAUCUGUCUUUUAAAAAAAAAAUCAAUGAUUGUUCUGUGGUUUUUCAGGAAAUGAAAUUAUGGCCAUAUUGCUUCAACAAGACUUGCAUAGUGUUCGUACUUACAGGAAAAAGCAAGUUAUAACUCGAAAACGUAAGAGAGAACUUUACCAAGCAGCUGCUAGCCAAUCACAACUGAGAACUACACAUGUACUGUGUUCUGAUUGGUUAUUGCUGCUAAGGAAAACGUCCAAACUUGCAUUUCCGAAAAUUCUUUCUCAUUGCUUUUUCAUGAACUUCCGAACCUCCUCUUUGGGAAUUCGGUGAUGACGUCAUGGAGUGUGUGACGUCGUGGAGUGUGUGUAAUACCAGAUAACUUUGUUGUACCCGCUCACUCGAUUAUGUAUAGCACGUUACCCAGUAGAUGUUUUUGAAGAGACUUUUAUACAAAUCAUUCGUUUUCCUACAAUAAAUGAAACAAAGUGAGAUGUAGUGCUAGUGAACUACAGCGGUGUGGUUGUAACCUAAACAUUUUCUGCCUUCAUCCGGGACUUAUUGUAAAGCACCAGUUUCUGGGACUUCCAAUAAGAACCAAUUUCCUAGAAAGCCAAUACUUAAAAAAAAAUGAAAAAUAUUUGAAACAAGGGGGAAAAUCCCUUAUGGAAAUCUCUGAAACUAGUGACUUACCCUAUAUCUGGUAGUGUUCAAGACUAGUCAAUUUUUAAGGCAGAUGAUACCGAGUUUACAGGCAGUGUAUGUUAACCGAAUAUAUAAGACAGUCUUUUUCCAUUCCUACCUACUUCUAACCAGUACUCUUGCUAAGGGUUUUCAUACAGAGUGCGUGAACAAGUCUGUACAGGAUUAUAAUGUCUCAAAUAAACAUUUUAUCAAUAUGCAUUGUUUAAAAGUU